GGAAAACUCUCUGAUGUGUGUGUUGUGGGACCACAGCGUCGCAGUUUAACUCACCUUGGGCUGACAUGGCUGGAGAGACGGAGACGGUCCUCGGGGCUCUCGGCUUGGAGUGGGUCGACGGAAGAAGUGUUUUACUGUUUUUCUUUAUUUUUCUCCUGCUGGUUGAUGUUUUGAAGCACAGAGCGCCAAAAAACUUCCCUCCUGGACCCUGGGCUCUGCCUCUGAUCGGGGACCUGCACCGCAUCAAACCCAGCAGAAUCCACCUGCAGUUCAAAGAGUUAGCAGAGAAGUAUGGGAACAUUUACAGCCUGCGUCUGUUUGGCGGGAGGGUCGUGAUCCUUCACGACUUCAAGCUGGUGAAAGAAGCCUUGGUACAACACGGAGAAGCCUUCCUCGAUCGGCCAACAGUCCCAUUAUUUGCAGAACUAGCUGGAAAUAAUGGUCUUGUGCUGUCAAACGGUCACCAGUGGAAGCAGCAGAGAAGAUUUGCUCUUCAUACACUCAGGAAUUUUGGCCUGGGAAAGAAGACCAUGGAGCUGUUCAUCCAGGAGGAGUGCCGAUACCUCGCGGAGGUGUUGACAGAUCAACAAGGCAAACCUUAUAAUGCACAGUUGCUGCUGAACAACGCUGUGUCCAACAUUAUCUGCUGUUUAGUGUUUGGGAACCGAUUUGAGUACACAGACAAGAAUUACCAGACUAUUCUUCAGACUGUAACUGAGGUGAUAUAUCUGGAGGGAGGUCCAUGGGCACAGAUGUACAACAUGGUGCCCUGGCUACUGAGGUGGCUGCCUGGACCUCAUCAAAAGAUAUUCACCCUGGUGCAGAGGGUAAAUAACUUCAUAGAAAUCAGGAUUAAAGAACACAAAGAAAACCUGGACCCCUCAUCACCAAGAGAUUACAUUGAUGCCUUCCUCGUUGAAAUGGGAGAGACAGAGGACAAAGAGUCAGGUUUUCAUCUCACCAAUUUAUGUGCUUGUGUCCUGGACCUGUUUGGUGCCGGAACAGAGACCACAGCCACCACGUUAAACUGGGGUCUGCUGUACAUGAUCUACUAUCCUGACAUACAAGAAAAAGUCCAGGCUGAGAUAGACGCUGUGGUGGGUUCAUCCAGACAGCCUGCUAUGAGUGACAGAGAAAACCUGCCUUACACUGAUGCAGUCGUACAUGAGGUGCAGAGGAUGGGGAAUAUCAUUCCUCUCAAUGUGAUUCACAUGGCUACUAAGGACACCACACUGGAUAAAUACACAAUCCCAAAGGGUACAAUGAUCAUCCCCACUCUCAAUUCAGUCCUACAUGAUGAGUCAUUCUGGGAAACGCCACACUCCUUCAACCCUCAACACUUUCUGGAUGAGGAUGGUAAAUUCAGGAAGAGAGAAGCUUUCCUACCUUUUUCUACAGGAAAGCGAAUGUGUCUUGGGGAACCACUGGCCAAGAUGGAGUUAUUCCUCUUCUUCACCGCCCUCCUUCAGAGGUUUACUUUCUCUCCACCCCCUGGAGAGAAGCCCAGUCUGGAGUAUACCUUGGGAGCCACUCGCUGUCCCAAACCGUACCGUCUGUGUGCAGUACCACGUUAGACCGUUCCACAUCCUAUACUUAGCACACUCGUUUCUGAGCACUACGUGUAUCUUGUAAAGCCGAGGUGUCAAAUCCUGGUCCUGAAGGGCCACCUCCACACAUUUUAGAGUUGUUUCAGAGUUUCCUGGGUUUAACCCCACCCCCGCCCCUCGGCCCCAG